UGCGCAGAACGCUGCCUGGAGGCUGAGGAAAGAUGGCGGCGUCCUGAGUGCUCUGACAGAGGGAAGAGAUUUUGGCCCGGUUUGGUUCGUUUCUGGAUCACUGAGCUGCGGCUCCGCGCGUAACGGAGGCCUGCGGGCCGAGGGACGAGACCGAGCCGCUUCUCACAGCACAGAUCCCGGUCAAACACAGCGCCGAGCUCCGUCUGUGAGGCCCUGCCUGAAGAUGAACGUCCUCAGAGACAACAAAGACCUGGCCUGUUUCUACACAACCAAACACUCCUGGAGGGGAAAGUACAAGCGUGUGUUCUCCGUGGGGACUCAUGGCAUCACCACAUACAACCCCACCACUCUGGAAGUGACCAAUCAGUGGCCUUAUGGAGAUAUCUGUGGCAUCGCUCCGGUCGGGAAAGGCCAGGGAACAGAGUUCAGCCUCACCUUCCGCAAGGGAAGCGGGAAGAAGUCCGAAACACUCAAGUUCUCCACUGAGCAUCGCACAGAGCUGCUGACAGAAGCCCUGAGAUUCAGAACGGACUUCUCGGAGGGAAAAAUCACCGGAAGACGCUAUAACUGCUUCAAGCACCACUGGAGCGACGCUCGGAGGAGUGUGUGUCUGGAGGUGACUCCGGGAGGCAUCGAUCAGAUCGACGCUCAGACCAACCGUGUGAUCUGCUCGUACGACUACCGCUGCGUGGAGGGCUUCGCCGAGCUCUCUGACUAUCAGGGAGGCUUCUGUGUGCUGUAUGGAGGCUUCGGCAGACUGCAUCUGUUUGCGUCCGAGCACCGUGAUGAGAUCAUUCGCAGUGCGAUCGAACACGCUGGGAACUUCAUCGGCAUCACGCUGCGUCUGCGUAAGGAUCCUCUGAGCUUCGAGGGCUUCCUCGGAGAGCGUCUGGGGAAGUACAGUUCGGACGAGUGCAUCACCUCACUGACCGAGUUCAUCGUGCAGAAGAUCACUCCACGGCACACGGAGCCUGUGAAGAGGAUACUAGCGCUCACAGAGACGUGUCUGGUGGAGCGAGACCCUGCCUCUUACAACAUCGUCACCAUCAAGCCCUUCGGAGAGGUGUUCGCUCUGAUCUGUGAUGCAGACAAUCCUCAGGUGUUCACUGUCGAGUUCAUCCGUGGUCAGAUACACAAGUACUGCUCCACAGAAAGGGACUCUCUGCUGGCGAGUCUGCUGGACAGCGUGCGUGCAUCGGGGAACAGGGACGUGUGUGUGAAGAUGGCCCCCACACACAGGGGUCAGCGCUGGGGUCUGCUCAGCAUGCCUGUGGAUGAGGAGGUGGAGAGCCUGCACCUGCGCUUCCUCGCUGCUCCUCCCAUUUGUAAUUUUGCAGAUGCAGUGUUCAGAUUUAACGCCAACAUCUCUUACAGUGGAGUAUUACACGCCGUCACUCAGGACGGUCUUUUCUCAGAGAACAAGGAGAAACUGAUCAGCAAUGCGGUCCUGGCGCUCUUAUCUCAGGAUGUGGAGCUGCCGGGGUCCAACUCUGAGCUGGAAGCCCAGUUCCAGGCCCUCAGGCGUCUGGUGGCAUCUAAAGCGGGGUUCCAGGCCUUCACACAGCUGCCCAAGUUUAGAGAGAAGCUGGGAGUGAAAACUGUUAAAGCACUGAAGAGAAACCACAACGGUGUGACGCAUGCAGCCAUAGACAUGCUCUGUGCUCUCAUGUGUCCCAUGCACGAUGAUUACGACCUGCGGCAGGAGCAGCUGAACAAAGCCUCUCUGCUCUCCUCCAAGAAGUUCCUGGAGAAUCUGCUGGAGAAGCUGAUCAGUAACGUGGAGCACGGCUCAGGAGCACUAGUGAUCAGCUCUCUGCUGGACUUCCUGACCUUUGCCCUCUGCGCUCCUUACAGCGAGACCACCGAGGGCCAGCAGUUCGACAUGCUGCUAGAGAUGGUGGCCUCCGACGGACGCACGCUCUUCAAACUCUUCCAGCAUCCCUCGAUGGCCAUCGUCAAAGGUGCAGGUCUGAUCAUGAAGGCCAUCAUCGAGGAGGGAGAGAAGGAGAUCUCCAGUAAGAUGCAGGAGCUGGCUCUGAGUGAAGGAGCUCUGCCCAGACACCUGCACACCUCCAUGUUCACCAUCAGCUCUGACCAGCGGAUGCUCACCAACAGGCAGCUGAGUCGUCACCUGGUGGGUCUGUGGACGGCAGAAAACCCCACGGCCCUGAACCUGCUGAAGAGGAUCCUGCCCACCGGUCUGCUGGCGUAUCUGGACAGCUCUGACCCCGUGCCUGAGAAGGACGUGGACCGCAUGCACAUACGUGACAAUGUGAAGAUCGCCACGGACCAGUUUGGCAAGAAUAAAGUCCCGGAGUGGCAGCGUGUGGCGGGUAAAGCUGCUAAAGAGGUGGAGAAGUUCGCCAAAGAGAAGGCUGACAUUGUGCUGAUGCACUGGAGAGAUAAGAUGGGCAUCGCUCAGAAGGAGAGUGUAAACCAGAAGCCGGUCAUCCUGAGGAAGAGACGGCAGCGGAUCAAGAUCGAGUCCAACUGGGAGCUGUUCUACUACAAGUUCCAGCUGGAUCACGCUCGCUCUAACCUGAUCUGGAACCUGAAGACACGUGAGGAGCUGCGGGACGCUCUGGAGGCCGAGAUGCGCUCCUUCGGUGUGGACCGAGAGCUGGGCAGCGCUAGCAUCAUCUCCUGGAACCACCAAGAGUUCGAGGUGAAGUACGAGUGCCUCUCUGACGAGAUUAAGAUCGGAGAUUAUUACCUGCGUCUGCUGCUGGAGGAGGAUGAGAACGAGGAGUCUGGAGCCAUCAAGAGAUCCUACGAGUUCUUUAACGAGCUCUACCAUCGCUUCCUGCUGACUCCUAAAGUGGCCAUGAAGUGUCUGUGUCUGCAGGCGCUCUCCAUCGUCUACGGGAAGUGCUGCGAGGAGAUCGGACCGUUCGCUGACACCAAGUACAUCGUGGGCAUGCUGGACCGGUGUACAGACAAGCUGGAGAGAGACCGACUCAUCCUUUUCCUCAACAAACUCAUCCUCAACAAGAAAAAUGUGAAGGAUGUGAUGGACUCUAACGGAGUGCGUAUACUAGUGGAUCUGCUGACCCUCGCUCACCUUCACACCAACAGAGCCACUGUCCCACUGCAGAGUAAUGUGUUGGAGGCUUCUCCAGACAUGAAGCGCGAGAGCGAGAAGGAGUGGUACUUCGGGAACGCAGAUAAAGAGAGGAGAGGGCCUUUUGGCUUUGAGGAGAUGCAGGAGUUCUGGAGCGCUGGGACGCUGACGGCUAAGACCCGCUGCUGGGCUCAGGGCAUGGACGGCUGGAGGCCGCUGCAGUCCAUCCCUCAGCUGAAGUGGUGUCUGCUGGCCGGAGGACAGGCCGUGAUGAACGAGACCGAUCUGGCCACGCUCAUCCUCAACAUGCUCAUCACCAUGUGCUCCUACUUCCCCAGCCGGGAUCAGGAUAAUGCCAUUAUCAGACCUCUACCGAAGGUGAAGAGACUCGUCAGUGAUAACACCUGUCUGCCACACAUCGUCCAGCUGCUCCUGACCUUUGACCCCAUCCUGGUGGAGAAGGUGGCUAACCUGCUGUACCUGGUGAUGCAGGACAACCCUAACCUGCAGCGUCUCUACCUCAGCGGAGUCUUCUUCUUCAUCAUGAUGUACACCGGCUCAAACGUGCUGCCCGUGGCCCGGUUCCUGAAGUACACUCACCUGAAGCAGGCCUUUAAAUCAGAGGAGGCUAAAGGUCUGGACAUCGUUCAGAGGAGUGUGUUGGGCUCCAUGCUGCCGGAGGCCAUGGUGUGUUACCUGGAGAACUACGAGGCCGAGCGCUUCUCCGAGAUCUUCCUGGGAGAGUUUGACACGCCUGAAGCCAUCUGGAGCAGUGAGAUGAGGCGUCUGAUGAUCGAGAAGAUCGCCGCUCAUCUGGCAGACUUCAGUCCUCGUCUGCAGAGUAACACUCGUGCUCUCUAUCAGUACUGUCCCAUUCCUGUGGUCAGCUUCCCUCAGCUGGACAACGAGCUCUUCUGCAACAUCUAUUACCUGCGGCACCUGUGUGACUCCACACGCUUCCCCGACUGGCCCAUACGAGACCCGGUGAAGCUGCUGAAGGACACUCUGGACGCCUGGAAGAGAGAGGUGGAGAAGAAGCCGCCCUCCAUGUCUGUGGAUGACGCCUAUGAAGUGCUGAACCUCCCUAAAGGACAAGGACAGCAUGAAGAGAGUACGAUAAGGAAAGCAUAUUUCAGAUUGGCCCAGAAAUACCAUCCAGACAAGAAUCCGGAGGGCAGGGACAUGUUUGAGAAGGUCAACAAGGCCUACGAGUUCCUCUGCACCAAAUCGGCUCGUAUCGUGGACGGUCCUGACCCAGAGAACAUCAUCCUGAUCCUCAAAGCCCAGAGCAUCCUGUUCAACAGACACAAGCAGGAUCUGGAGCCGUAUAAAUACGCCGGCUACCCCAUGCUAAUUAAGACCAUCACCCUGGAGACGGGUGACGAGCAGCUGUUCUCCAAGACCUCGGCUCUGUUACCGGCCGCCGCGGAGCUGGCCUUCCACACCGUCAACUGUUCGGCGCUGAACGCAGAGGAGCUGCGGCGGGAGAGCGGCAUCGAGGUGCUGAUGGAGGCUCUGUCCCGCUGUGUGUCUGUGCUCACCGCCUCCAGCAGACCGGAGGACAUGGCAGUGCAGGUGUGUGGACACGUCUGUAGGUGCUACAGCGUCGCUGCUCAGUUCGAGGAGUGCAGAGAGAAGAUAGUCGAGCUUCCCAACAUUAUUAGAGAUGUUUGUCACAUUCUCUACUACAGCAAGGGUCUGCCGCGCUUGGCGUCUCUGGUGGUGGAGUGCGUCAGCUCCUUGGCGGUGGACUUCUUCCUGCAGACGCACCUGUAUCAGGCCGGGGUCCUGUGGCACCUGCUGGCGAGCCUCUUCAGCUACGACUACACCCUGGAGGAGAGCGGCGUGCAGGCCAGCCACGACACCAACCAGCAGCAGGUGUGCAACAGUCUGGCCAAACUGAGCGUGGUGGCCCUCGGCCGGCUGGCGGGGUACAGCGGGGCCCGGGGCCCGGAGGACGAGCCCAGCGCAGGAGAGCUUCCUCCGGAGAACCCUGCCAUCAGGAAGAGUCUGGGGGCCAUGCUGACGCCCUACAUCUCCCGCAGACUGGGCCGCAGCUCGCCCACAGAGGUGCUGAAGCUGCUGAACAGUAACUCGGAAAACCCAUACUUGAUCUGGAACAAUGGGACGCGAGCGGAGCUGAUGGAGUUCCUGGAGGAGCAGCAGGAGAGCAGCAUCAAGAGAGGAGAGUGCGACAAGAGCUUCGGCUCAGAGUUCCUGUUCAGUGAACACAGGAAAGAGCUGAUCGUGGGAGAGAUCUUCGUUAGGGUUUAUAACGAGCAGCCCGUGUUUCCUCUGGAGUAUCCGAAGGCGUUCGCGUCGAGUCUCUUGGACUAUGUGGGUUCUCAGGCUCAGUAUCUGAUCACAUUGCUGGCCAUGACGCAGACUAAUAAGCUGGAGUCUCAGCAGCACGCUCAGAGACUGCGCUGGGCCGAGAUGGCGCUGGAAGCUCUCCGCAACGUCAUCAAGAACAACCCAGGCACUGAGACGGAGUGCAUCGGUCACUUCAAGCUGCUCUUCUCUCUGCUGAGGGUCCACGGCGCUGGAAGAGUCCAGCAGCUGGCUUUAGAGGUGGUCAACAGGGUCACAGUAAACCAGGACUGUGUGGUCAACAUCGCUGAGUCUCUGGUUCUGCCCAGUCUGCUGGUGCUGCUGCACUCCUUUCCCUCCAGCUGUUUGAUUGAGGGGAUGCGCAGCUCUCUGUAG